AUGGUCAACGCCAACUUCCCCGUACCCGAACGGAUCCCAGGCCAGCUGAUCACCGACAAUCAGCAUCUCUUCUUCCUCAAACAACAUCUUGCUACGCUCUGUGGUCUUCGGGGCGUCCAAAAAUUUCCAGGCUCGCAGCCAGUCAGUUUUUCCCAGAAGUCGUUGGAAUUAUUGGAAACCGAAGAUUUCUGGGUAUGUGAAAAAUCCGAUGGAGUUCGAGUGAUGGUCUUGAUCGUUGUCAAAGGGACAGCCCAAGGCCCAGUUCAAGAAGUUUACUUUAUUGACCGGAAGGACGAGUUUUUCUUGAUUGAAAACAUCACAUUUCCCCAUUUCGAAAAUCCCAAUCGACUACUCAAAGACACCAUUCUCGACGGUGAAUUGGUCAUCGACGUUGACCCCAAAACGGGCCAUCAACAGUUGCGGUUUUUAGCAUUUGAUUGCAUUGUAUGGGAAGCAAACAAUCUCAUGAUGAGACCUCUCAUGAAUCGAUACGGGAGGUUAAAAGACUGGGUCAUAGCCCCAUUGAAGAAGCUUAUCUCUAUCCAGCCCCAACUGAGAGACAAAAUGCCCUUUGAUGUCCAGCUAAAGACUAUGGAACUCGCCUAUGGGAUCGACAAAGUGCUUCAUCAUGAUCUGCCCAAGCUGACGCACGGAAACGAUGGCCUGAUUUUUACCAGCGCGACGGCCCCUUAUCGAAUAGGGACUGAUCCUAAGAUAUUGAAAUGGAAGCCACCAUCUGAAAACUCGAUCGACUUCCGUUUAGAACUCAGGUUCCCCCCUCUACCGGACGACCCCGAGGAGGCGGACUUUUAUGCAAAGCCACUGUUUGUUCUGAUGAUGAACUGCGGGAGAGAGGGGGAACAGUUUUUUGAUACACUCGAGAUGUCCGAUGAAGAAUGGAUGGAGCGAAAACAAAGACGCGAGCAGCUCGAUAACCGAGUAGUUGAGGUUGUCUGGGACGCGCCCCGCAAUACAUGGAAAAUACUGAGGUUCAGGGAUGACAAGAAAAAUGGGAAUUAUCGGGCCGUUGUCUUUUCGAUCCUCGACAGUAUUCGCGAUGGAGUGGAGGCACCAGAACUGAGCAAGCGAUCAGCCAAGAUCCGCAAUGCCUGGAAGGCCCGGGCACAGGGACAGAGUUCGAGCACCCAGCCUUCUGGUAACAAAUCACCACCGCGUGCACAGCAGGAACCCAAUCCAAAACCAUCUGGCUCCAAAUCUCCAACGCGAAACUCGAAGCCUUCCCGAAGCAAAUCCCCGCCUAACCCUCGUCAACCAGCUCCUCAAUCCUCAUCGGCCCCUCCUAAUCAUCCUAAUCCUCCCAAACCUCAGCCCUCUACCGUCCCCAUUAAAAUCGUGGGUGGAAAUCCUAGGACAAAGGGGAAAAAGAAAAAAAUCACUUUGGCUCAAGUCGGUACUGUUGCAUCAACUAUGAAAAGAAUCUGA